GUGACCACUUCCUAGUCUAACUGCACGCCGCUUUCUAUGGAUCAAGAUUGACGGUGUCGGUGACAAAGAGUAGCAUCCGACGAUCUGGGCAAGCAAACCGCGGCUUCUUUUUGUAAAAUGUACCUCGCGUUCGCAUUUUUGUAGCCACUUUGCGUCGGAGAUGGCGGAUGCAGCCGAAGUCAAGAUCUUCUUGCCAGCUAACACGUUGGCUGGCUGGCCUAGUGCUCUCGGUUAACUAGCCGCCUAUACAAACCAGUUCGCCGUUAUUUCGUCUGCUGUUUUUACAGACUUUAUCUGAAUUUCGUGGGGGUGGCGUUAGCUUUAGCUGCUUAUCUCGAAGUUAGUCUAGGUUAAAUCAGUUAUCUAGCGACGUUGGCCAUGGAGUGCCCUCAUCUGGGCUCCAGCGUGUGCGCCUCGCUGGAUCCUGCCCGCUUCCCUCACGGUUCGCCCUCUUCAUGGUGCUGUAGCGUUUGCCGGUCAAACAAAAGUCCUUGGGUUUGCCUUACAUGCUUGAAUGUGCAUUGUGGAAGGUAUGUCAAUGGCCAUGCAAAGAAGCACUUUGAGGAGAUUAAGAGUGCAGCAAGUGGUCAGAGCAAACCAGAGAAGGAGAAGUUACAGCAGCACUCUGUGUGUAUGGACUGCAGCAGCUAUAGCACAUUCUGUUAUCGAUGUGAUGACUUUGUGGUGAAUGACACCAAAAUGGGCCUGGUCCAGAGAGUGAGAGAGCAUCUUCAGAGUUUAGAGAACUCUAUGAUAAAUGCUGACAGACCACGAAAAAGAAAGCUUUCAGGUGAUUGCUCUCCUGACAGCAGGGUGCCAGAAGGCUUUGAUGUCUCUCCUGCUCUGUGCGCCACUGGCCUGCGCAACCUUGGCAACACAUGUUUCAUGAAUGCCAUCCUCCAGUCACUGAGCAACAUUCCACAGUUUAGUUGCUAUUUUAAAGACAUGCCAGCCAUGGCACUACGGAGCGGGAAAACUGCAGGAAGAAGAAUGUACCAUACAAGAAGCCAGGGGGACAGCAGUGUGUCUCUAGUUGAGGAGCUCAGGAAGACGUUGUGUUCUCUCUGGCAGGGCAGUCAGACUGCCUUCAGCCCAGAUGCCCUCUUCUAUGUCAUCUGGAAAAUAAUGCCAAGUUUCAGGGGCUACCAGCAGCAGGAUGCGCAUGAGUUCCUGCGAUACCUGCUGGAUCACCUGCACAGAGAGCUGCAGGGCAGCAGGAAUGGAGUGCCUGGUCCCAGCCUGCCUCCAGACACCACAAUCCUUACCUCAGAUGGCAAAUGCUGCAUUAACGGGAUCGUCACAGUUGUCACGUCUGUAUUUGGUGGAGUGCUGCAGAAUGAAGUCAACUGCUUGAUAUGUGGAACCGAGUCAAAGAAGUUUGACCCUUUCUUAGACCUUUCUCUGGACAUUCCCAGUUGGUUCCGUGUGAAGCGUGCAAAGGACCAAGAGCCAGGCCCAGCCUGCACCUUGCAUGAUUGCCUUUCUAGUUUUACUGACCUUGAAGAGCUUGAUGAAACAGAGCUUUACAUGUGCCAUAAAUGUAAAAAAAGACAGAAGUCCACCAAGAAAUUCUGGAUCCAGAAACUGCCUAAAGUCCUGUGUUUACACCUGAAGAGGUUCCACUGGACAGCUUUUCUGAGGAAUAAGGUUGAUACCUAUGUAGAGUUCCCACUGCAUGGCCUGGACAUGAGGUGCUAUUUACUGGAGCCUGAAAGCAUCCUUCCUGAGAGUUGCCUGUAUGACCUUGCUGCUGUAGUGGUGCAUCAUGGAUCUGGUGUGGGGUCCGGCCAUUAUACAGCAUAUGGGCUUCACGAGGGCCAGUGGUAUCACUUCAAUGACAGCACUGUGACUCUGGUCAGUGACGAGACAGUGUCCAAAGCCAAGGCCUACGUUCUGUUCUACACAGAGCAGACAGUGCAGGAGAGCACCGACUCAGAGCUUGGGUCUCGGCUUUAAACAGCCUUAUUGUUCAAGGAAGCACUCAGAAUGAUGGUCUCCCUCAUACAGUCCCACUCUGAUUAUUCUCCUAUAACAACAACAGAAAAAACCUCAAUUAAACCUAAUUGCUGCUUUUGUUGUUUUUUUUUUUUUUUUAAAGGAAGCAUUUCUGUUGGUUGGUUUUUGAUGCUUUUGUUUGUCCAAAGGUAAUUGUCCUUUUGAGAGAGAAUGAUGCUUUGUUUAUGCUGAAGCUAUGUAAAGUAAAAUGGCUGAGCAGUGGAAGAGGCUGUGAAUGAUAAUGUCCCGUUGUCUUAUUAAUUGUUCUUUUCUUCUAAUGAUAAUGCCAGUCAUGUCUUUGGCAGACAUUGCUCACUUCUUCCCCAGAUCAGGUCAGUUAUGGUCCAUUUAAAGGAUUUUAUGUAAAUUAACUAAAUGUUUCAACCUCAAAUAUUUUCUUACUGCUAUUUGUUAUAUAUAGAAUUAUUUCUAAAGUGAAACUUGAUAAGGGUCAAAAUUACAAUAAAAGGUUUUUGUUUUUAAUCACAAGUGGUUUACUCCAACAAACAUCACAUAAAUGUGAAAAGGACUUUUGAAGUGAGGUUCCUCUAGGCCAUGAAACAGCGAUUGUGUAAGCUUGGAUGUGUGAUCAUUCAGACCGUUUAUGGUAGUAAGCAUAAUCCAUAAUUUAAAACCUGAUGCUACCAUGUCAUGUGCGCACUCAAUUUCUUGCUGUCUUUUACAGAUGCAAUAAAGAUGUCAGCUUGGCAAAUAACUUCUAAAA